AGUAACAAGAAGGGAUACUGAAAUCGUAAGAUAAAGGUGGCUACCCGGGAGAAAAAUAAUCUGAAGUUUUAUUUGAUAAAGAAUCACAAGAGGGCAAGUAUCAUAAGUAUUUUAUAAAACACUAAGUACAUCAACUCGGAAGUGGAAACUGGUUAGGAAAUCUAGAGGUUCUCUUCCUCAUUCGCUUGUGGCAAAGGCUUCGGAUCCAUAUCGCUUCACAAAAGAGAACAGAAAAUGAAUAACUCAAGUAUAUUGGUGCAAAGUCCUCCUGGCGAUGAACCAACGAGUGCUCCCUCUUUAAACAUGUCAAUCCAGAUCAUCCAAGCAGUCUUGUCAUCCUUGGUUAUGGUUGGUUCGUUAUUUGGCAACACCUUGGUGAUCUGCGUUGUCACGCAAAGCCUCCGCAUGCGCACUGUGACCAAUUUUCUGAUUGUGAACAUGGCAUGCGCCGACAUUCUUUACACACUGGUUUCUUUUCCUCCAUUGUUCGUCAUGAUUUUCGAUGGAUACGAAUGGGCAAUGAGUAGCCGCGGGCUCGGCAUCUUCUUCUGCCAGGUGGUGAAUUUUGGUCAGUAUAUGUUGGUUCCCGUUUCUGUCCUCACUCUAGCCGCCAUCGCUUUUGAUCGAUUCUUUGCCAUUUUGAUUCCACUGAAGCGUAUCAUCAGCAAACGUGUCUUCCGCUACCUCGUUAUUGCCAUCUGGGUGACUUCCGCAGCCGUAGCCGCGCCUUUAUUGUACGCAUUACAAGUUACUAGAGACAGUAAGGGGGGCUUGUCAUGCGCUGAAAAAUGGGCUCCAGUCUUUGAUGAAACUACGGCACGCAGGGAUUACACACUGGUUUUAUUCUCCGUAAUUUUUUGCCUCCCAAUUUCCGUAAUGAUUGCCUUGUACUCGAUAAUUUGUCGCCAUUUGUGGUCCAUAAAGCCCCCUGGGGAAACGGAGCAAGAGGAAUCCAAGAACUUGAUUAAACGACGUAAUUCUCGGAGAAAUGUCGUGAAAAUGCUUAUUACUGUUGUUGCGGUUUUUAUCAUAUCUUGGUUACCAUGGCAAAUUGUCAGUCUAAUUUUCUACUUUCAAGAAGUUAGUAUUUCAGAGUCACUUUACUUCUCUUGUGAGAUAUUCAUGCGCGCCAGCUGCGCUUUCAAUCCAUUGGUUUACGCAGUUUUUAGCGAGAAUUACCGUCAGGGAUUUAAGAAGGUGCUUGCCCGAUGCUGUUGUUCGAAGAUUAAGGCUUUCGUUCCGCAAAGAGCUUUCAGUACUUCGUCUUCGCGCCAGCAAACGGCGCCUUUCUUACUAAAGAGUGAUUACGCCUUAUCGAGGCGAGAAGGCAGCAAAAAAGCUUGUCGGGAAGUGAAAGAUAAUCAUCAUGAGGAACAUCAAAUUUGAAGCGAACGAGAGUUACAAUUUGUACAGUGGUUUCGAAUUGUCAGUAGACAAAGUAUUGAAACCUCCUUAAGGUUACCGAGCCCUUAAGGGGUGUCUCGCGUGCAAGCGAUGUCGCGCUUCCGGU